AUGGCUACAAAAGCUAACUCAAUCCCUCACCCCACUCUUAUAAAGGGUCUUCAUAAUCGUUGGCACUGCGACAUCCCGCCUGUCGUUUCAGUUAAGCCCGGCCAGACGUUCAACAUCGAAUGCAUCGACUGGACCGGUGCUCAGAUCGGCAACAACGAUAGUUCCGAUGAUAUCAAGAAUGUCGACCUGACCGCCAUACACAACCUCAGCGGACCUAUCGCGGUUGAAGGCGCCGAGCCGGGCGAUUGUCUAGUUGUGGACAUUCUCGAUGUCCGGCCCUUCGAUCAGAUGCCUUGGGGCUACACUGGCAUCUUCGAGCUGAAUAAUGGCGGUGGCCUGUUCGCGCGUGAGUUCGAUAGCAAAGCGUGCAAGGCGAUCUGGGACUUUAACGGCAUCUACGCGACGUCUCGUCACGUCCCCGGCGUGCGCUUCGCGGGCAUCUCGCACCCAGGCCUCAUCGGUACGGCGCCCUCCCCCGAGCUGUUAGCGACGUGGAACAAGCGCGAGGGUGAGCUUAUCGCGGCUCACAAGGACGAGGUGCCUGCCGUUGCAUUCCCGCCUGAGCCCAAAGGCGCCUAUGUUGGUCAGGACCUGCCGAAGGAUGUUCUUGAGAAGAUCUACAGGGAAGGUGCGCGGACAGUCCCUGGGCGUGAGCAUGGUGGAAAUUGUGAUAUCAAGAACCUGUCCAGGGGCUCGCGCUGCUACUUUCCUGUUUUCGUGAAAGGCGCGAACCUGUCCGUUGGUGAUCUGCACUUUUCUCAGGGUGACGGUGAAAUGUCGUUCUGUGGCGCCAUUGAAAUGGCCGGUAUUAUUACCUUCAACUGCAGCAUUAUCAAGGGUGGCACCGAAAAGUUCGCGCUCAAGCAACCUAUCUUCUUGCCUUCUCCCAUCGAUCCGAUGUACUCAGCCAAACUCGUCUUUGAGGGUAUCAGCGUUGACUAUCAUGGCGAUGGCAAGCAAUACAACAUGGACGCUCUCCAUUGUCACAGCACCGUCGCCUACAAGCAAGCCGCUUUAAAUGCUAUCACCUAUCUCAUGAAGCUCGGAUACACGCGUGAGCAGGCCUACCUUCUGCUUUCGGCAGCUCCAGUUGAGAGUCACAUUGGUGCGAUUGUGGACUCGCCGAACGCAUGUGUAACGAUGGGUCUGCCUCUGGGGAUUUUUGAAUUCGACAUCCUGCCGAAGGAAGAAGGCCUGCAAAAGCGGGACUUUGGUCAGUGCGCGAUCCGGAGCGAUGGCGUUGUCUAG